AUGACGGCCGCUUCUGCCAACUUCGGUCCUUUAACGACUACAUUUACGCCCCUGCCUGAUUGUUUCACCGAACAAUGGAUUAGACACAAUACCAAUUCGACCGUCCUAGCAUGGGGUCCGACCUGUGAUGGCGGAAAGAUUGGAUACGCAUCAUCUUGCUAUCCUACCGGGUGGUCAGGCUCCAAAUCUGACGACAGUAACCUCAACUACAAGGGGUUUUCACCGGGGCUGAUCUGUCCGUAUGGAUUUACAGCGUCGUUUUCCGCAAGCCAUAUCCAUCAAACGAAGUCUUUUCUUCUUUCGGAAUAUUUGACUAGUCUUGGGAAAGAUGAUAUUGCUAGUGUCUGCUGCCCUUCAAAUUAUAGCUUCAACGGCGAUCUCUGCACCAGCAAUGCCUACACCCUAGCUGCCCGCCCUAUCCUCACAGUCACGAACAGCCAAUGCACCACAAUGACAGCAGCCGAUUACAACGGCGGAAUUGGGACAAAAGGCAAAUCCGGUGACGCGACCUUCCAAGCAAUGCCCGUAAUCCUAAUCCGCAACACCAUAUCUGAUGCUAUUCCUUCCUCAACAAGCAGCAGCUCCUCAGACAACAGUGGUAGUGGCGGAUUAUCCACAGGCGCCAAAAUUGCUAUUGGAGUCUGCGUUCCCGUUGCAAUUAUCAUCGCUGCUGCGAUUGCGUUUGUACUAUGGCAUCGACGUCGGAAGCGUGCCAGGGGGGCUGGUGCGGGCUCUGAGAGCGUGCUGCAAAAUCCUACAGAACCGGACCCCUAUCAUGGGAAACCGGAGUUGGAUGGUGGUGUCACUACUAUGAGGAGGUCGCAGGAGAAGCUGGAGAUGGAUGCGGGGGAACAAGGUGUUUGGAAAGAUCCUGGUCUUGCUGAGCUGCCCGAAGUUGCGCCGGUGGAGCUACCGGCACAGCAGAGUCCUACCUCGCCGCAGGAGUUGGCGGGAGAUGUAAAUGGGAUUGGGGCUGUGAGCAAAGCAGGGAGUCCGACGACGGGAGGAAAGAUAAGUGAGAAGGCUGAUGGUGAGCUGGAACCUCCAAAGGACUCGCACACUGACGGCCAUGAUUAA